GGUAAUUGUGUUUACGAAACUUGCUCGGGUGGUUGAUCAAACUUGCCCAUCCGAUGUUGAUGUCUCAACACGGAUGGACAACUUCCAUGUGCCCCCGACUCGAUGGUGAUCUAUAACUACGGUUAAGUUUCUGUCAUGGAAUGCUCGAGGGGUCGUGUGUGCGCGCAUGUGUGGUGUCGAAUGUUUUGUAGGUUUUAUCGAUUUGAGCUUUUGUGAAUAAUUUUUUACUCUUCUUCAUCACAUGUAUGUUCUUGGAUUUACUUUUUAGAAUAUUUUGAUAAAUUGAACUAAUAAUUUAUAAAUUAAACCAGUAAGACAAAUCAUAUUAAAUCAAUUAUAUGUCUUCUCUAAAGGAUGAUCUAUGUUGUGGGGGUGGAUUUAUGACCGACGACCUGACCUCCAGGUUAUCUGCCACACAUGACUUGUCUAUCGGCCUGUUUUGUAGGAUAUUAGGUUCGUUCGGUAGCUAUAUGUGGCAAGAUAAGAAUUGGCCUUAAGAAAAUUUGAUAUUGUUUUAGAUUUUAUUUAGGUUGUGGUUAUGAUUAUAUAAAAUUUUUAUACUCCCUCGUGCAAUGCUAUGCUCAUUUGAUCGGGCACGGAUUUUAAAAAAAAUGAGUAAGAAUAAUUUAUUUUUUUUAUGCUAAAGAAAAAAUAGAAAAUUGGAUGUCUUCUCCGUGUGUCGGGCCGGCGCACUACGAGGGGCGUUGCCGGCUUCCGGCUCGGGGACUAAUGGGUGGUCCGUCGGGGGCGCAGCCGAUGUGGUGUGCCGGCUCGCCCCCAUUCGGCGACGAUAUGUUGGACAACGAACCACACAAUAGCGCCGGAGCUGGGGACCACAGGCACGGUACAGCAAGCUUAACGCCCCUCCGGCGUCGUGUUAGACGCACCACGGGGCAUUGCCAGAGAAUAAAUUUGAACAUAGGAGGAUCUAUUUAUUAAAAAUAUUACUCUUUCCUUAUCUUAUUAUAAUUACUAUAUACAAUUUUUUCAUACAUAUUCAUACAUAAUCCUGGGUACCCUAUUACUAACCCGAUCCGACCCGAAUAGCGACCGAUUUGUUCAUUUAUUUUCUCAGCACAACUACGUCGAUAAACUUCAAAGGAUCCCACAGUCCAUAGAGCAAGCGAAGACGAAGAACACUCGCCAGAGCAUAUUGUUGGCUUUCCAACGAUGAUUUUCUCCCGAAUAGGCACUGCGGCAGCUCAUUGUUCCUCCCGUUCCAAGAAUGCCAUGGCUAAUGGUGCAAGCAACCUGGCGCUUUUCUUGCGGAACGGAGACAAUUUUGGAGUUUCGAGUGUAAAUGGUUUGGAUUGCAGCGUUCAUCUCUUUAACGGGAAAAUAGGGUUGCUGAGGGCAUUUUGGAGCAUAGCUGGAGCUAGUGAAGGAUCGGUUUGCCAGUCUUCGUGUUUAUCAAAAUUUAACUACCUCAAAGCAAAUUCCAAAAUUCUUACUAGACUCUACCACUAUGAACCGCCAUUGGAGAGAGACUUUAAGAAAUUUGUUCCACUGCCACAAACGGAGAAAGGAAAUCCAAAUAAUAUCCUCAGGUUUAUGAAAUAUAUAUUGCCAUGGUUGUUGCUGGUUGGGCUGUUUCUUUCAGCACAUGAAUACAUGAUCCGCAGAAAAAAAGAGAAAGAGGAAGAGGAGAUUAAUUUUCAUGAUUUCAAAACCAAGCUUCUUGAACAAGGAUUAGUGGAGCACAUUGUCAUUUCUAAUAAAUCUGUGGCUAAAGUAUACUUGAGAAGCACACCAUGGAAUAAAAACAGCCAUGAUGAUACUAGCGAAGGAUCUGCAUCCGAAUCACUGGUUAGUGGCAGCACCACUGCAAGGCUAAGAACUACUCGGCAUAAAUACCACUUCAAUAUUGGGAAUAUCAAAUUAUUUGAAGAGAAACUUGAAGAAUCACAAAGAGAACUGGGGAUUGAUCCGCAUGAUUAUGUGCCAGUUAGUUAUGUGUCUGAAGGUUUUGGGUCGUCGAAGUGGAUGAAAUUUAUUCCUACACUUCUUUUAGUGUGUUCCCUUAUCUACGUCGGCCGGAAACUGGAUCGUAUAUCUCAAUAUAAAGGUGACUACGGUGGUGGUGGUGGUGGUGGAAAUCUCUCUAGUUAUCUGCAAACGCAUAAAGCUAAGAUUACAAAGAUGAAAACUGACGGAGAAAAAAAGGUGUUAUUCAAAGAUGUUGCUGGCUGUGAUGAAGCAAAGCAAGAGAUAAUGGAGUUUGUUCACUUCCUACAGGAUCCCAAAAUGUAUAGGGAGCUGGGCGCCAAAAUUCCUAGAGGAGCUUUGCUAGUAGGACCUCCCGGGACAGGCAAAACACUCCUGGCAAAAGCAACUGCAGGAGAAUCCGGUGUACCAUUUUUUAGCAUGUCCGGUUCUGAAUUCAUAGAAGUGUACAUUGGCGUUGGGGCUUCAAGGGUUCGAGACUUGUUCAGCGAGGCAAGGAGCCAUGCACCGAGCAUUGUAUUCAUUGAUGAGAUUGAUGCAAUUGGUCAAAAGAGAGGGUGUUCCGGUGGUGGUGCCUCACAUGAACGCGAGGCUACGCUUAAUCAGCUCCUUGUAGAGAUGGAUGGGAUUGGAACAUCGACUGAUGUGGUUGUUCUUGCCGGAACUAAUAGAGCUGACAUUUUAGACAAAGCCCUGUUGAGGCCAGGUCGAUUUGACCGUCAGAUUUCUGUUGAUAUACCUGAUAUCAAAGGGCGGGAGCAGAUAUAUCAGAUCUAUUUAAAGAAUUUAAAACUCGAUCAUGAAGCAACAUAUUAUGCUCAUAGAUUAGCUACCCUCACUCCAGGAUUUUCUGGAGCUGAUAUUAGAAACGUUUGCAAUGAAGCUGCGCUUAUUGCCGGCAGGAACAACGAAAAUACUGUCAAGAAUAAGUAUUUUGAUGCAGCUAUAGACAGAGUACUUGGCGGCCUUGAGAAGAAACAUAAGGUUGUAAGCUCACUAGAACGCAAGACUGUUGCGUACCAUGAAUCCGGGCAUGCAGUCGUCGCCUGGUUCUUAGAGCAUGCAGAACCCCUGUUGAAGGUCUCCAUCAUUCCCCGUGGUACAUCUGCCCUCGGCUUUGCACAAUAUGUCCCCAGUGAGAAACUUAUCUUAACUAAAGAGCAGAUGUUCGAUCAAGUUUGCAUGUCUCUUGGCGGACGGGCUGCUGAACAGGUCCUAUUGGGAACCAUAUCGACCGGGGCUCAGGAUGAUCUACAGAAAGUGACUAAACUAACAUACGACCAAGUAGCCACAUACGGCUUCAGCGAGAAAGUCGGGCUCCUGUCUUUCCCGGAGGUUGAAGGUGGAUAUAAUAUGAUGUACAAGCCAUACAGCAACGAGACAGCAUCAAUGAUCGACGCAGAAGUCCGCGAAUGGCUUGCAAAGGCGUACGAACGAACCGUGCAGAUGGUGGAGGAACACAAGGAGCAAGUGAAGGAGAUUGCAGAGCUACUGCUGGAAAAGGAAACUCUUGUUCAAACGGACCUAGUUCAGAUACUCGGACAGCGCCCUUUCAAAUCAUCAGGUGACUCCACCAAUUACACCUUGUUUAAGAAACGAUGCUCCAUAUCUGCUGCAGGUUAAUUAGGACUGCAGCUGCUCUAUAAAGAUCCAUAGGUUGAUAUCAUUCUUGUUCGUUGGGCUUCUCAAAUCUGAAGAACUGAUCUAGUAAAAUGGUAAGUCCGUGCAUGCCUCUUGAUUCAUGUUCAUGAUUUUUUCACGGCUUGGGAUUUGGUACAUAUUAGAAUAAUUAGUAGACAAUAUAUGAAUAUGAAUAUAUGCCAUUUUUAGACAGGAUCAUGCCAGUCUGAUCUCAACCAGUAGAAAACUUUUCACUAAAAUUUAUACUUGCAUUUCUAGAUUGCACUCUGAAAUUUGAAUUGCAGAAAAAGAGAAUUAUAUUUUCAAUAUACUGUCAUUUUAAGAUCAAUGACUAUUAAACAAUUGGAAAAAAAUAAAUAAAUACUUGGACU